GCCAGCUAUUUUAGAGAUUGGGUCUUACUAUGUUGCCCAGACUGGCUAUUUUUUUAAGUUUUAAUGUCUACAGUGUUGGCAUGUACAUAGAAGAUCUCAAUAAAGACUUGAUCCCUGAAUAAAUGAAGACCCGAGUGAUGAAUUAUUAAGUGAGAAGCAGUAGCUACUCUUUAUUGAAUUCCCAUUAUGUGCCUGGCACUACUUUAUAUGUUUUACAUAUAUGUUUUCAUUUAAUUCUCAUAAUAAACUUAUUGUAUUAUUAUGACGAUUUUACAGAAGAGGAAACUGAAGCUCAGGGAGAAUAACUGAAUUGCUUAAUGACACUUUCCCUUACUCCAAUUGUGCUUUAGCCACUGUUUUAUAUUACCAAGGAGAGUAUGAAGAAGGAGCAAUGAAAAUGUUCCAGGCAGAGGGAAAAACAUAUGCAAAGUAAGAGCGCCAAAGGGACCAUGGCAUCUUCAGGAGAUUUUCAAGCACAGCAAACAAGUGGACUAAUUAUCUUCCAUACUGAUGUUUGUAGGGUACUUCAUGUUUUUAAAAGUAUUUUCUCAUAGGUGUUCAUAAUAAUCUCUGAGAAAUAGAUAAAUGUAUUUAUUAUCAGUAUCCAAUGGGUGGGAACCUACAGGGCUAAGUUUGCAAAUCUAGUCAAUAAUGACUGAGUUUAAAUUUGGACUUCUUUCACCAAAAUUUAAAAUAAUUUCUUAUGUUUCCAAUUAUUUAAAAUCUUGUCAUGCAUUCAUUAAGGAGAUGAGGAAAUAUACUUGGGAAUACCUAUAUUUUGAUAUUGAAUAAAACAUAUGGAAAUUGAAAAAAUACACAGGAUAGAAAUAAGUGAUCAGAAGGUGAUAAUACAGUAAUAGCUGUCAUUUGCUGAGCACAUAGGAUGUGACAGACAUUGUACUAGAAUCUUUACAUUCACUCACUAAAUUUGAUCUCACAACAGUUGAAAAGGGUUUUCUGUUAUCAUCUCAUUUUGGAGUCGAAGAAAUUAAAGCUAAGAGAGACUAAAGAAACUUACUGGAGGUUGUUAUACAUCCAGGAAGUUGCAGUGUCAAAAAAUGAACCAAGAGCAUCUGAAAUCAGAGUUCAGACUCCUAACAGCUUGACUAGAAGCUACACUACCUGGGCAAUACUUCAUUUUUAUUUUAUUUAUUUAUUUGUCUUUAUAAAGUCAAAGGUGAAAUUAACAAAAUCAAUGAUGUUCUGAUGAGUGAGAAAUUAUUUUCUUAAUUACAGUAACGUUUGGAUUUGUGUGCCCCGGCUGUGAAUUAGGUUUCACUCCAGCUUUGCACACUCUUUUAUCACAGCUUAAGACAGCAGAUGGCUCUCUUGCGUUUUCUUUCACUUACCUCCAUCUGUAAACAACCAAACAGCGUUUAGGGGAGGUAAAAGGAAAACGCAAGGAUUAAGCUAAAAGACCUUGGUUAUCCAAUGCUGCCCCCUCACCAAGCUCUUUGAAAAUCGGAAGCCAAAUAGACUAGAAAUGACCGCUUGAGAAGCCUGAAAUUCACGGUCUGAAUAGACACCCCGAGACUCGGGAGUCCGCUGUUCCAGGUGCUGAGCCAGGGGUCAGAAUGCUCAACUCAAGAAAGGAGUAUUUCUCAGUUAUCGAAAAGCUGAAAAGCUUUGUGCUCUAAGGUGUGUUAUUAAUGUCAGUGGAAGCUGUGAGGAUUAAUUUCCUCUCCACCUUGGUGGGGGUCGAGGGAAAAGAAACUGCUUUUAAGGAAGGGAAAUAUCAGAGAUCCUCUGAUAUUUCAGAGGAUUCCGCGCUUUUCACCGCGGAACUUGCUCCGCUCAGAGAGGUAAGGCUCGGGCAUGAUCCCUGUCCGUGGUGCUGAAUCCCUGCCCCGACCGGACACUGCUGAAUAAUGCAGGGAGGGGGCUGAGGAAGCCCAAACGGACCUCCGUGAUUCACCAACCCAAGGAUUUGGGGGAAAGACUGCAGCAUAAGAAAAUGACUGGAAAGGGAAUAAUUAACACAGCCAUAAUAACAAUAAGCUUAAUCUCACUGUGUUCAAAUUCAUAUAGUUUCACAUACAUCAAAAGGUUUUUAAAAGAAUCUUUAAAAACAAUUUAGGUAUGUUAGUUGGGGAAGUUGCACUAGAUUUAAGUGGUCACUAUGCUUAACAUUUUACUUAUUCAAAAACUCACUACUAGAAGCUUUAGAUAAACCUGUAUUCUUUAACCAUAUAGUCUUUCAGAAAUUCAAAUCUAGAACUUCUGAAAUGUCCAAAUGGCCUCUCUUCAAUAACAGAAUCCAAGAAUAGUAGUGACUCAAUGUCCAGUAGGACUUAUUUCGUGAUUUAAAAAAAACAGACAUACUUUAAUAGUCAUUUUUUUAAGUACAUUCAUCUUUCUAUAGAUGGUCUUCCCUUUUUGAGCAGAGGCGUGGCAACACAAUAUAUUUAAUAAACACACACCCAAAGGGGGAGAACAGAGACAUAUGAAACAGAAAAUAGGCACAACAAAAUAAUUUGCAUGCCACUUUUUCUCACUUGUACUAUCUCAAGGGGCCAUUCAGGAUUGGAAAUUUCUGGCAAAAAAACUCUGGUGUAUUCCUUUUAAUAAUUGUGCUAUUUUGUAGAUGAAACAGCAAAGUGGAGAAAAUAAACUUAAAUAUGCUCUUUAAUAGUAAAUACUAUAUACACCAUUCUAGAGCCAAUGAUAUCUGCAUUAUAUUCAAAUCUAUAUGCUCCAAUUAGAUUUAAUUCUCCUCCCCAAAGGAGCCUUGUUGGUAACUAUGGAGUAAACAUAAAGAAUAGCAGCUAAGCAGCAGCUGCUCACAUGGAGCGGGUGUGGAGAAGUUGUGUAGAGCAGAAGGAGUCCAGCCUCCCUGUAACUGGGCUCUCAGCUGCACUUCUCCCAGUUGCCUUGUGGCGAGUCUUUGUAGUACUUUACUGCCUAUUUCUGAGACAAAGAGAAAGUAUGUUUUGGUUCAGAACUGCUCCCAGGGUUGCCUGUGUAGUGUGCCUGCCCUCUUUCUAGCUCUAGAGCAGUCACUGGAGAAGAAGAUUUUUUACAAGUCUCCUGAUUACCAAAUGAGUCUUUUUCACCCAUCCUUCACCCUGAAUUGGGAGAAGUCUCCUUUGUGCAUUUCUGUUUCUCUGCCUUCCUGCGAUGAUAGGCCAAACAGUGUAGAGGGAAGGGGGGAAAGUAUGAAGCUGCACUUGGUUCUGUCACUCUGGGUGUAUCCUAGAAACCACAGAUCUGUAUUCAUCCAAGCAUGAAGUGUUUCUCUCCCAACCUCCUUUCUUUGGGGGUGGGGGUGCCCUCUCCCCCCUCCCUUUCCCUUGGACCUUCAUCUUUUCAGUUAUCCAAGACAGAACACCGUCGGAACACAGACAGGAAAUCCAGGCGAAGAGGCAGCAGCUGUUGUGCUUAAAUUUUAGACACAGUUCAUACGGCUUUGGUCCUGACAGAGCUUCUCUACCCAGGGACACCCAAAGACGACAGCUCAAAUUUGAGUGUCCUCAGUCUGGCUGCUUUUCGCUGUACUGGAAUACUGUGACACCUUCCCCUCCUCCCUUAAUAUUUCUACCCAAUAUUCUCCUGGGCGUUUAUCCCAUCCAGCUGCUGUUUGUAGCAGCUACAGCGGCUGCCAUCUCCUCCUCCAAGUGCUGGGAGCAGAUUUGGGAUCGGGGUCUUUCCACACCACCUCACCACAUCUCUCCUUCUCCCCUUCCCUCCUUUUUGCUCCGUGUUUUCCUUUCAGAAUGACAAGCCUACCCUUCCUGGCAGCAGGAGGGAGGGUCCAGCAAGUUUGGGUGGACUAGGUGAGGAGUGGAGGCACCUCCCUCCGCCUCGGGACACACUCUCCUCCCUCCCGGCCUCCCCCCUCCUCCCCAGGGUGGGGGGGGCUUUGGUGCUGAAGGGAUUAGCGGGGAGGGCGGAAACCACCUCGCCCUUCAACCGCUGCUGGGAGUUUCUGUGGACCAGGAGCCACGUUAAGACCGAGAAGCCUCAGCUAAGCCACGGAAGCCUCGGGUACCGGCGAGUUUCAUCUAAGAAAAAGCGCACCGAUAUUCCUCCAAUUCCACCUGCUUUGGCUCAGCCUCUUGGCACCCCGCCCCUGCAAUCCAUUUUAGCUUUCUUUAUUAUUAUUAUUUUAAUCAUUAUCAUAUAUACUUUUUUUCUUUCUGAAGAGAUACACAGGGGAGAGACCACCUAGGUGGUGGGAGUGUAGUGGGGUGGGAACGGAGCGCUUUGAUUGAGGAUCUCAGGGGAGAAGAUUGCUCUCUCCAGAUGCUGAUUUCCAAAGCACUUGACAAUCACGGGCAGAAGCCUAGAGCGGGCGGCGCCGGCGGCCGCACCGGCCCAGGGGCAGCCGGAGCCGGGCUGUGAGUCCUGCCCGGAGCCCUGGACAGACGGCCGCGCUGAGACACUGCCGGGACCUGCCCUCCAGCCCGUGCCCAGCAAGCAGCGCCGGCUCUACCUCCCGCCCGCCCGGGAGGCGGGCAGGGCAAGAAGGCAGCGCGAGCGGCAGUGGCGACCCCUGAGAGGGCUCCAGCGGCGCGCAGUGACCGGCAGCGCCCGCAGCAGCGGUGCCCGCUCUAGACGCGGACUCAGCCAAGCGGCAGCGGCCACGACCUGAGGCUCCCGCGGCUCGUCCCUCUGCGCCCUGGGCGCAUCUGCGCGCCUGGCCCCGCGCUCCGCGGAGAGGGCGAUGGGUCCUAGUGGGGACUGAGCGCCCUUACCCUCUCCCCAACCCCCCCGGACACCCCCCCUCUACUUCUCUGAGGGUGCGUCGCGGUCUACGCCGCCCCUUUCCUCUCCUGGGCCCCCAGCUUCCCUUCCUUCUGUCCCCUUCUUUCCCCGGACCCAUUCCCUGGGCCACCAUGGCCGCGGCCAUCGCCAGCGGCUUGAUCCGCCAGAAGCGACAGGCGCGGGAGCAGCACUGGGACCGGCUGUCUGCCAGCAGGAGGCGGAGCAGCCCCAGCAAGAACCGCGGGCUCUGCAACGGCAACCUGGUGGAUAUCUUCUCCAAAGUGCGCAUCUUCGGCCUCAAGAAGCGCAGGUUGCGGCGCCAAGAUCCCCAGCUCAAGGGUAUAGUGACCAGGUUAUAUUGCAGGCAAGGCUACUACUUGCAAAUGCACCCCGAUGGAGCUCUCGAUGGAACCAAGGAUGACAGCACUAAUUCUACACUGUUCAACCUCAUACCAGUGGGACUGCGCGUUGUUGCCAUCCAGGGAGUGAAGACAGGGUUAUAUAUAGCCAUGAAUGGAGAAGGUUACCUCUACCCAUCAGAACUUUUUACCCCUGAAUGCAAGUUUAAAGAAUCUGUUUUUGAAAAUUAUUAUGUAAUCUACUCAUCCAUGCUGUACAGACAACAGGAAUCUGGAAGAGCCUGGUUUUUGGGAUUAAAUAAAGAAGGGCAAGCUAUGAAAGGGAACAGAGUAAAGAAAACCAAACCAGCAGCUCAUUUUCUACCCAAGCCAUUGGAAGUUGCCAUGUACCGAGAACCAUCCUUGCAUGAUGUUGGCGAAACGGUCCCGAAGCCUGGGGUGACGCCAAGUAAAAGCACAAGUGCGUCUGCCAUCAUGAACGGAGGCAAACCAGUCAACAAGAGUAAGACGACAUAGCCAGAUCCUCACAGGUGUUGUGACUUAUUCGUCCUGAGCACAGUUGAGUGAUUUAUCCCUACCGGACACUCCUGCUCCCGCGGCCGAAGAGCAGCUGGCAGCAAGCUGAGGCUUGCUCUCUGCUGUCUCCGAACUUCUUUGUUGCAAGUGGAUAAAUCUCAAUCUGUUGCACCCCCCACAACAAGAAGACACCUGGAUAACCAGCUAAACUCAGACCAUGGAAUGCCCUACCAGAUAUGGAAUGCCUUUUUAAUAUCUUUUCUGUGACUGUGACACUUCAUGUGAAUGACAUACUUCACAAGUACACUCGAUACCUUGCCUGCUGACAGCUACCCAUAAUCCUUUUUGAGUCCUGUUUCAGCGAAAUCCAUGUGUUUAAGUUCGAUUUUGUAGCACACAAAUAAUAUUGAGUAAAUUUCUAGUUAGACGCUGUAAACCUGUGCUAUUAUGGAUUUCUCUUCUUCCCAUUUUUACAGGGCUGCUUGCUCCACUGUCUGUGACCUUUUUGCAGGGAUUGUGUUCCUCUAAAUCUUCAAUGUUGCAGUUGGCUUAGUUGGGAGAGCAAUCAGGGAAUCAGGAAGCCUUCUAAAUCUAUUAUUAUAAAUCGCAUCUAUAAAGAUUAAGAUUGUUGUCUCUGGCUCACACUAUCGAUUAAACACACAUAUACGCUCUAUCCAGUAGCAGAUACUGUGCUCCUGAGGUUGGCAUUGCCUGGGUGGGAAAAGGGUCAAACACAAUCCAUGGGAAGCUCUCUAUGAUACGUGUUUGACAUCCCCCUAUAGUUUCUUUGUGUGUGUGUGUUUUAUACAUAUCACAAGCUUACUGGUAAUGGUAACAUUUGCCUUGCCCAGCGAGCAAGACCCACUGGUUUUUGAGAAAGUGGGUCCAAAGAAUUCUGUAGGCCUUGUAGGCCUGAUUAAGGUUCAUUUUUCAUCUAUUAAUUCUCAUUAUUUGGAAAAAAAAAAGAGAGAGAGAGAAACCACUAAUUACAACCCACAAGAAUUGCGCUACCUAAGUCCAUUUCAGAUAUACUCCUUCCUGUUUUUAAUGAACCAAACUCAAUGCCACCCCCGUUUUGGGCUGCGUUCCACUCAUACUCAGCAGAGCAUGGGCAAGGCGGCUGUUGUGUUCUUUUCUGCAGCAGCAAUGCAAACGUUAGUUAUAAAUUAGACUUUAAUAUUUUUGGUGUUUAAUGACAAGUUUUUAAACUGGACAUAUUAGGAAAAAAUAUUUUUUUUAGCUCAGCAUGCUGAGUCCGGUACUGUGUAUCUCACCAGUACAUACCCCUAACUCAGCGAUUUGGGCCCCGUGUUGCCCAAUGGCCGGGUUAGAGGUGCCUUGCCAUGAUCUCAGAAUACAGUCUGUUGAAUUAUCCUAGAUACAAAUAAAGGCAAACCAACACAUUCAAACAUCAAGAUUUGGGUCCAUUCAAUGCAUUCGCUUUUGUUUCCUUUUGCAUUCUUCAUUUCCUUUCUAAUUUAAUACUGCUUAAACUCUGAGCUUAGGGAAAGACAACUACUAAGAAAGGCCAUGAAUAGUUGAUUACAUAGUGAAGAUUCCAUGCAAAAUGUUCAUUAUUGGAUAUAAAGAGUUUCAAAAUGUUUAAUACUAAAUGGUUUGGAAAUAUAUUUGGUAACUCUGUGUACACCUAAUAAAAUUCAAUGUUUUCUUCUCAGAAGAGUUAUUUGAGACCAAACUGAACCUCAUUUAUAGAAAACCAUAUGUGGGAUCAAUGUACUGGCCUCUUGUUAUUAUUUCUAUGUGGAAGGAUGACCCAGUUGCCAUUUUUCCCCAUCUGCACUGUAUUUAUUGGGAAAUUAUUUUGUCACUGCUUUCAUAAAUCUCCAUGACAGCCCUUGCCCAGCAUUAAAAAAUUUUGGCCUGCUUAGCUGAUUAAAGGUUUAGUAUAAAUUUACCUGUUUAUGCUUAUUUCAUUUUCAUAUUGGAUUCCACUUGAAUAAAUAAAAAGUUAGCAUAACGUUUGAGUAGAUUUAUUGUCAAUGAUGCUAAAUUACAAAUACAACGAAAUGAUUCUUUUGACCAUUCUCGAUUUGGUGUUACGCCAUUUUAAGCCUAUUGCUUUUAACAGGAUAAGUUAAAAUACAUGAAUUCCAUUAACUAAUUGUUUAGGGAAGACAUAUACCCCAUAAUAUGUGGCAGACUAUUAAUAUGAAUAAUUUACUGGUAAAACCAAUGGGCUUCUAGACACUGCUUACACCAAUACACACACACACACAGACAUACUCACCUUUACCAACAGCCCCUUCCUAUUUGUUUCUGAUAACCAGCUCUACUUGCUGGUUUCUUUUCCCCCUGCAAGCUUGUUUAUUGUUUAAAUUAAAACAAAAUUUAUUUUUGUAAAUGACAGACUUAUGUAAAUGUGCACCUCUGUUUUGUUUUUUAUAUGGGUUGUCUAUAAGGGCAUUUAUCCCUAUGAAUGGAUGUCAAAAUACUCUCUUCUAAUAUAUGUUUAGAUAUAUUGCAGAGGGGUCCUUGUUGUUUGUAAUUUAGUUAGGUCAUUUAUUUUGUGUCUGGUCUCACCUGUUGCAUGGGAAGAGGACAGCACUGAUGAACUGCAUGCAGUAGGACCUGUAUAUCAAGAACUGUUGGUAUGUAUUACUCAAUUUGCAUACAAAGAGUUUGUCUGCAUUGUACAGUUUAUGUGUUUAAUAUCAUUUGUUGUAUUUACAAAUACAACAUUUUGAAUAAAAUAUUUAUAUGAAGGCAUAUUAAAAAUCAUCAACAAACUUUAUGUAACAAAAUGGCAUUGCAUCACCCACAAAUAUAGAAAAAUGUCAUGUAAAUAAGUUGGUAAAUUCAAUUUCCCCCUUUACCAUGCCAAAGAAAAUUUUAGCUCUUUGAUGAUACCUCUCUUGCUAUUCUUCCGGGAUAAGACUUCACCAUUUUUUCUUUCCUCAGAAAUUAAGUUUGCUGUUAUUAAGUAAGUGCAAUCUGUCACUCUUGAUGUUCUGUAUAGUAAAUCUGAUGGAAUUCAUUUGUAUUUAUAGACUGUGUGUUUUGUACCCUUAUGUGCAUAUGUCCAUUGUCUAUAAUAUCUCAUUCCUUCUGCAUGCAUAUCUGGUACGGGAGGGUUAUUUCUACUGAUUUGUUAUGGUAGCUGAUUGCUUGGCCAAUCCUUCAACAAUGCUCAGAAAUGUUAAUUGUU